ACCAAAACCAAAACCACUUGUUCUCCCAUUUCCUAAAACUCAGAGAGCUCCAAAGCUCUGAAGCUCCAAAAAUGGCGAGCAGUUUGCAGAUACCAAUCUGCAUACCCACCUGUUCUUCCUCCUCACGAAAGUCUCGAACUUUCACCACCCUUUGCUCCAUGAACGCCAGAGCCAAAGCCAAAAUCCCAAUCCCUCCUAUAAACCCUAAAGACCCCUUCCUCUCCCGCCUCGCUUCCGUCGCUCUCAAUUCGACGGAGACCCUGCUCAACCGCCCCGCCAACAGCUCCGACUCUCUUCCCUACUUGGACAUUUUCGACGAGCCCAAGCUCAUGGCUACCCCUGCACAGGUGGAAAGAUCAGUUUCUUACAAUGAGCAUAGACCAAAGAAGCCGCCUCCGGAUUUGCCCUCAUUGCUACUUCACGGCAGAAUAGUGUAUAUUGGCAUGCCUCUUGUACCAGCGGUCACAGAGCUUAUUGUUGCGGAACUGAUGUAUCUGCAAUGGAUGGAUCCUAAACAACCGAUCUACAUUUAUAUUAAUUCAACUGGAACAACACGUGAUGAUGGUGAAACGGUUGGCAUGGAGUCGGAAGGUUUUGCCAUCUAUGAUGCGAUGAUGCAAUUGAAAAAUGAGAUACAUACUGUUGCUGUUGGGGCUGCUAUAGGUCAAGCUUGUCUAUUGCUUGCAGCAGGAACUAAGGGAAACCGGUUCAUGAUGCCGCAUGCCAAAGCGAUGAUCCAGCAGCCUCGUGUACCAUCAUCUGGACUGAUGCCUGCUAGUGAUGUUCUUAUUCGUGCAAAAGAGGUAAUCACAAAUAGGGACACUCUUGUAAAACUUCUGUCCAAGCACACAGGAAAUUCCGUGGAGGCUGUAUCCAAUCUGAUGAAAAGACCGUAUUAUAUGGAUUCUACAACGGCUAAAGAAUUCGGUGUGAUUGACAAGAUCUUGUGGCGUGGUCAAGAAAAGAUAAUGGCAGAUGUAGCAUCGCCUGAGGAUUGGGACAAGAAUGCCGGUGUCAAAGUUGUGGAUGAAUUUUAGUCUAUAUGAACAUGGAUGCUAUGUUGUCAUUAUAGGAAGCUAUAAAAGCUAUUACAUGAUUGGUCACUUGAUGGGGCAAUUGGUUGAAACAUUGAAGCGUCACAAUGAGUAAAACAAUCUCAAAAUUCAGACGUUGCCUAAAUAUGAGGAAAGUUUGGACGAAAGAGACUAAAACAGCGUGGUGAUGCCAAAAUUAAAAGGACUCUCGAGCAAUCCAGAGGGUGUGCUAACUCAUUUGAAACUUACACACUGCUCAUGUUGUUUUGUUGAUGAUGUACACAACUAUCGCUAAGCUUUUCCUUAUUGGAUAAUGUUUCAUGCCAAGAACAGAGCAGUAUUUCCUCAAUAAAAUUAAAAGUUUGCUUGAUCUCUAA